AUGGAGGAGCUCCACCUCACCCGCACCCUCAUGACCGGCCCCCUGCCCGACAAGUUCCCCCAAGGCAGCCACAUGCGCAUCAUAUACGCGUGGAACGUCGACCCCAACAGCGGCGGCGUCUGGAAGGAGGGCGGCUUCACCGGCCCGCUGCCGCGGUCGCUGCUGAACGCCGCGUACCUGUCAGACCUGGUGCUCCCGCAGCACGGCCUGGAGGGGGAGAUACCCCCGCUGCCUGACAGCGUGGUGUGGCUGGACCUGAAGGGCAACAAGCUGUCCAAGCUGCCGGUCGCGCUGCCGCUCAGCCUGACAGUCAUGGACCUCUCAGAUAACAUGCUGACCGGGCCCCUGCCCGACAUAACCGACAACACCCUGAUCUGGGUCAACCUUACGAACAACGAGAUCACGGGCCCGCUGCCGCCGGACUUUGGCGGGUCCAUGAACACAUUGGCUGUGCUGUCGCUCGCGAAGAACCGGCUGUCUGGAGAUCUGCACGCGACCAACUGGGCGAUGGCGGAGCUGGAGAUGCUCGAUCUUUCAAAAAAUGAGAUCACCGGUGAGGGAGGGCCGGAGCAUUCCCGCUGA